AUGGGUCUCCCUGGUCCAGACAGUAGCGGUCUCGUUGAAGCUAUCCUGACAUGCGAGCGAUGCUUCAAGUCCUACCAGCGGCGCGACCUGCUAAUGCGCCAUCGCAGGCGCUGUCAAGGCCCCAGGAAAUUGGUAAACCGCCGCAAAGCUUGCGACGCCUGCGUUCAAGCAAAGGCGAAAUGUUGUUACACCCAACCGACGUGCUCACGCUGUUCCAGGAGAGGAACACCGUGUGUAUAUGCCACAUCUCCCGCAGCAUCGACUUCAGGCCGCUAUGAGCAAAGAAACGAAGCUGCAGAAACACCAGACUCAAAUCUUCAACCAAGGACGGGGCCUUUGGCAACUUCGAGCCAACCAUUUGACCUCGAACUUGCCGCUUGGGAAUUUUCGUCCUCCUCAUACCCUCUAGAGUCUUUCGACAUGGCCUUGGCUGAGAUACCAAAUUCAUCGCUGAUACCACGCCAAGGCUUCACUGGAACAGAGCUGUCCGUUCACAAAAGCCCUGAGUUCUCAUCGUCCAGCCAGGCUCUCUCACAGCCACCUGCGUCCAUGGGAGUCCCAGUUCCCACGCCACUUGCGGCAUCUUCCAGCAAUAGUACGAGAUCAUCCGCAACAUCUUCUCCAUCAUCUUCGGCUCCCUCCAGCGUAGUGCAUAUACUGAGCGAAUAUGCCUCCCUUCUAACCAAGGGCUACUUCUCUUCUCCCUUCCUUCACCAUUCACAGUACUCGCAAUACAGCAGCGCAAACCCUGACAUGACAAUUCUCCCCCUCACCGCAAUGGCAAUUUGCUGCGCCAGCAGUAUCAGCCUCUCGGCUGAAAAGACAUUUUUUCGACGUGCCAUGGAUGCUGCUCGAGAGAGACUGAUUGGCAGUUUUCCCUCCUACCAAUGCAUGCAAAAAUGGGACGCACUACAUUCCAUGCUCAUUUUUGUGUGUAUGGAUAUGAAAUAUAUUAUCGGUGAUGAGUCCGAAGGCUGGAAACUCACCCCACCAGUGAAAGGGCUUGGUUCGCCUUUUCUUCUAAAGAUGACGGAGGGCUAUCUUCAGUCAUAUCCAGAAAUUCGGAAUCACGAUAUCAACGUCUUCUCAGAUCCAAAGUCAAGUCCAUGUUCCGCGGCAACCUCACAAUGGGCCCGUUGGAGAAUCACGGAGACAGCAAGGAGGACAAUCUUCUUUACUAAUAUGGUCAAUUUCUACAGUAACUACGAUCACAAGACGGGAAAGCUGUCGCCAUAUUACGAAGCGCUUAAUGACGAUCUCAUCCUUAACAUGCCCCUGCCUUGUAAUCAUGCCGCAUGGUUAGCGCGUGACGAGGAAAGUUGGAGCUUUGCAAUGAAGAGUCAUUCACCUUUGGCCAAUUACCAUUCACCAGAUUUCAAUCACCCUGGAAAUGGAGUUUUGUCCUCAGAAUCAUGCCUGAAGAGUGUUCUUUCCAAAUUCACCAAAGAACAACUCCAAGCCGAAAUUGGUAACCAAAUUGGCCUCGGCGAUUCCGACGACUUACGACGCUUCAUUAUUCUUUCUGCCAGCGAGCAAUUUACUUGA